GAAUAGGAGGUGGAUGAGUGCGCUGUUUUCAGGAGGUUUCAGUUUGUGAGCAGUCAGAACCCGUUGUGACCAUGAGCUACGACCGGGCCAUCACAGUUUUCUCCCCGGAUGGCCAUCUCUUCCAGGUGGAAUAUGCCCAGGAGGCCGUGAAGAAAGGCUCGACCGCGGUUGGAGUACGAGGGAAGGAGAUCGUGGUCCUCGGCGUGGAGAAGAAAUCUGUAGCCAAACUUCAGGAUGAGAGGACGGUGCGGAAAAUCUGUGCGCUGGAUGACAACGUCUUCAUGGCUUUUGCUGGACUCACGGCCGAUGCUCGGAUUGUAAUAAAUCGUGCACGUGUGGAGUGUCAAAGCCACAGACUGACAGUAGAAGACCCGGUGACGGUCGAGUACAUUACACGGUACAUUGCCAGCCUCAAGCAGCCUUACAUACAUGCACAAUGUUUACUACAGCGUUACACUCAGAGCAAUGGCCGCCGGCCUUUUGGAAUAUCUGCCCUGAUUGUUGGAUUUGACUUUGAUGGAACUCCUCGUCUCUACCAGACAGAUCCCUCUGGCACUUACCACGCUUGGAAAGCCAACGCCAUCGGCAGAGGAGCCAAGUCUGUCCGUGAGUUCCUGGAGAAACACUACACCGAUGAAGCCAUUGAGACAGAUGACCUGACUAUAAAACUGGUCAUUAAAGCUCUGCUUGAGGUGGUUCAGUCUGGAGGUAAAAAUAUUGAACUGGCCGUCAUGAGGAGAGACCAACCUCUAAAGAUCCUGAGCCCUGAGGAGAUUGAAAGAUACGUUGCAGAGAUCGAAAAGGAGAAGGAAGAGAAUGAGAAGAAGAAACAGAAGAAAACAUAAUUUAUUCCUCCAGACAAUAUGGUGUAAAUCAGUCCGACAAUAAAUGUUUUUCUUUAUUAAAUUUC